AUGGACUUCAUCGGCCUGCAGAUGCUUGUAACGGUCAAGGACCCUCCCGGCGUUCGGGUUAAGGGCACUGUCAGCGAAGUCACACCUGGACAGAGUCUUGUGCUUAGCAAUGUUUUUCACCUUGGUUCGAGUAAAUGGAUACCGCGGUUAACUCUCGAACCGAACAAUAUCGUCGACCUGGCAGAGUACAAAGAUGAGGUCACGCCCGAGACUUUCACGGCUCCAGGUGCGAGUUCCGUACCUGCACCAGUUCUCAGUCAACCCGCUCUACCUUCGUUCACGGACCCUGCCAUUGUCAGCCUUGGGCGCAGACCGGGAUCUGGCAGCCAAACCCCUGUGGAAUCACGACCUCAAUCUCGUUCUCAACCCCGCCCACAGUCUCGCCGACAGUCGCCUCCCAUGGGGGAAUUGGAAAGGCCACCAACGCAGCCUGGUGGACUGUCCAUCCCCAGCAUUGGCCAUGUACAACGACGGGAGUCCACAAAAGCUAACUUGGCUACUGAGCACGAAGACUUGAGAAUUCAUAACGAGUCUCAUCGCCAAGACCUGAAUGAUUAUACUACUCCCGGAACCGCAGAUGCUCCACUGCAGGCACCAAAGAAGAGGAAUCGCAGGGCCAGACCAAACAAGGCGCUAAAGAACGGUACAGCCGAAGAUGCAUCACUUGAAGCCUCCUUGCCGCAGGGCGGACGCGGCAAGGGCUGGCGGCAAACGCCUAUGCUACAAAGUACAUCAUCUUUCCAACCAUUCAAAGCGCUGAAGCGCAACGGCAAGGCUGGAAACGGUGUCCUAGACAAUGGGUGGGCCUCUGAAGAUGUCACGGAAGAGAUGGGUGAAUUCGACUUUGAGGGCGAGCUGGCCAAAUUUGAUAAGCAGACUAUCUUCAAUCAGAUGCAGAAAGACGAUCUCGUCGAAGAGAGCGAUCGACUCGUCUCGCACAACCGCAAAGCUAAGCCUGGAACCGCCGGGGGAAAGAACUACCACCACACCGAGAAUGUACUCGAUAUCCCCGCCGCAACCCCCAAAAUGGCCAACGAUUUUUGGGAUAGCGAGACAGAUGAUGCAGCUCUGGGGCCCGAGAGGUUGAGCGGAAGGGAUGUUAGGAGCAGUCAAAGCAUGCGGCGGACGGAUAGUAACAGACCAAAUGCGGGUAAAAGGUCACAGUCUCGGAAAGCGAGCGCUUCAGGGAUCCCGCCUACGAGUCGCGCCAACCUCGCUUCCCAGCCUGGCUUCUACCUUGUGCCGUCGCAGCGCAGAGCUGAACCAGUUUCGGCUUUGCAAAUGCUCAACCUCGAGAAUAUCGCUGCGAACGAAAUCGGCCUUACAGAGGAUAUGAUGACCGAGAAUGCUGGCCGCGGCAUUGCUGAAGUGGCCGUGGCAGCAUUAUGCGACCCUGCAAUUCAGAUCAGGCUGGGAGCCGGCGGCAUAAGCGCCUCGGCGAUAAGUCAUACAUCAUCAAUCAUCGUGGUCCUUGCUGGCAACAACAAGUCAGGCAUUCGUGCAGUCGCUGCCGCUCGCCACCUUGGCAAUAAGGGGGUCAGUGUUCUUGUCUGUGUUGUGGGCAUUGAGCGAGAGCGUGAUCUGCUCGAAGACAUGCGCCAACAAGUCCGAAUUUUCAAGAACCUUGGCGGCCGCAUUCAUAACAAGAUUGAGCUCUUUGAGCAGUUGCGUAAAACGUCGCACUCAUCCUCAGCAACGGUUACUCUAAUUAUAGACGCGCUGCUCGGUUUAGCAAUCUCAUUUGAGGAGCUGCGGACCGGCGACCAAGCCACUGUCUAUGAGCUCAUAGAGUGGGCCAACCGUAAUGAAGCGUUCACUCUCGCCGUUGACGUUCCGACGGGCAUCGAUCCUUCGACUGGCAAGGUGAGCAUCAUUGAUGGAGGGCGGCUAUACGUCAAGCCCCGGUACGUCGUCGCCAUGGGCGCACCGAAGCGCGGACUUCUCGAAGCCAUGGCCCCGCCUCUGCGUCCCAGCGAAGAAGGCAAUCCCAAGAGCCUGUCUGCUCCCGCGGCGGACAAUGAUGACUGGAAGCUCUUCAUCAUUGACAUUGGCCUUGGCGCAGCUGUAUGGAAGAAGGCUGGAACAAAGCUUCGAAGAGGUAUCGACUUCGACGAUAAAUGGGUGCUGGAGAUGCGGUAUCAAGGCGCUACUGGCCAAGGAGAAGAACCAGACUAUUGA